AUGGACAGAUGGAACUAAGUUCAGUUGGACUGUUGCUCUACAAAAAAACACACACAGUGUUUAUAUUUCGAAUCGGAUUAUUUUACUUUAUAAAAUAUUGAAUAAUAAAAAAUGGAUUUCGAUGAAGUACUUAAGGAGGUAGGAUCCUUUGGAUUAUAUCAAAAAAUUAUUAUUUGUGCCGUUUUAUUGCCUGCUGCCCUUCCAUGCGCCUUCCAUGCCUAUAGUCAAUUAUUUAUUGCAGCCACGCCUAAACACUGGUGUCGCAUACCCGAAUUGGAACCAUGGGUACAGGAUUAUACCGAAUUAGUAAUGAAUCUUAGCAUACCACUCACAGCAACUGAAUAUUCUCAAUGUGAAAUGUAUGUGCGAAAUUAUUCAGAUAUCGUACGUUACAUGGAAUAUCGUACUCCAGUUGAUUUACAACGUGAUAAGGUGUGGCAUAUAGGUAGUCCUUCUGGUUCAAAAUUAAUGCCGUGCCAGCAUGGUUGGCAUUAUGAUCGUUCACAGUAUCCAACAACAGUUGUUACUGAGUGGAACUUGGUAUGUGAUCAGAGCUAUUUAGUUACACUUGCGUUGGUCGUAUUCGGUGUAGGUGGUCUUGUAGGAAACUAUAUUUUUGGAUAUCUUCAAGAUAUGUGGGGAAGAAGACCUAGCUUUUACGCAUAUCUAAUGCUGGAAAUAGCCGCAUGUGCUGCUAGCGCUUUGGCUUGGAGUUUUAACUCUUGGCUGGGCUUACGAUUUAUCGUGGGCCUUACCGUACCGGCCAUAUUAGCCAGUCCAUAUGUAUUGGCCAUUGAAAUGGUGGGUCCUGAUAAACGUGUCUUCUGCACCAUAGUCUCCAACAUUGCAUAUUCCUGCGGUUUGGUACUGUUAGCAGGUAUUGUAUAUAUAGUACGUGAUUGGCGAUAUUUAACUUUGGCAGUUUCUUUGCCGUUAUUGCUGCUGUUCUCUUGUUUUUUUGUUUUGCCCGAAUCGCCCAGGUGGUUAAUGGCGGUCGGACAACCACGUAAAGCUGCUAAAGUCUUAAAGACAAUGGCGAGAGUAAAUGGUUUAACGGUUGUUCCAGAUUUUAUCAAUAUCAUUGAACAGAAAUUUCAGUCAACGCACCAAUCCAGCAAUAGUUCAACCUCUGCUGGUAUUUUAGAUCUUUUCAGGACCAAAAAUAUGUGUCGCAAAACAUUAAUAAUUACGUUGAUAUGGUUUGCCAAUACAAGUGUAUACGUCGGUCUAAGCUAUUAUGCUCCUGCUUUGGGUGGCGAUGAAAUAUGGAAUUUCUUUUUGGCGGGUGUUGUCGAGUUGCCCACAUAUAUUUUACUAUGGCCGGGAUUAAGCUAUUUUGGACGUCGUUUCAUAUUGUGCAUUUCAAUGUUAUCUGGUGGCGUGGCAUGUGUUACCACGUUCCUUUAUAGUGAAAAUGCCGACAUGAUGUUAAUAUUGUAUUGCAUUGGUAAAAUGGGCAUUUCAUCUGCUUUUGUUGUUCUGCCGCUACUGGCAUCGGAAAUCUAUCCCACUGUCGUAAGAGGUUUGGGCAUGAGUUUCAGUUCAGUUAUAGCUAUGAUCGGUCCCAUAGUCAUUCCAAUUAUAAAUCACAUGGGACAACAAAUGCUUGUUUUACCUUUAAUCGUUAUGGGUUCUCUGCUAAUUGUCGGAGGUGUAGCUAGUUUAUUUUUGCCCGAAACAAAAGGCAAAAACUUGCCUCAAACAAUAGCAGAAGGUGAGGCCGUACCUUUGAGCUUUCUUUCCAAUUGUUGUGAUAAUGAUCCCAAAAAUAAUGUUCGGAAAUCCCGAAAUUCAAGAUCAGAUAGAUGUAAACGACAGUAUACAGUGUGUAGCAUAUGUAAAACAGAAAUAAAGAAUCGGGGUGUUUAACAAAUAAAGAUAAUAAUGUAAAAUAGUAUAAAUUUAGGAAAAAUCAUAAAUUGAACAUAACUUUAAGGUUUAUUAUU